CUGCCAGUGAAUUUCUAAACGUUACACAAACAUUGAUUUCGCACGGGCAUUAUUGUUUUCGCGAUAAUUUACAAUAUUAUGGAAAGCGACUUCGGUUCUAUCGAUUUUACCAAGAACGACACGUUUGAAACAUGGACAUCGAGUGACGAUAUUAGCUCAACGAGUGACUUCAUGAUGCCCAGGGCUCCAGUUAUGACACAGAAGCGGCAUUUAGAUCGGAAGAUACAUGACGAGCCACCAGUCAAAAAGGCCGCGCCUUCGAUCCGCCUCGGCGUCGGUUUCAACUGGAAUCUACAGGCGCUGGCCAACGCAGCGGACGCGGUGCAGUCUGGCGGCAAGUCGCCGGUAUCCGCCCUGAACGAGCUCGGGGUGCGCGUCACGUACGCGGUACUCCGCCAGGGGGGCCCCGCGCACUGCCCCUCAUUCACCGUCUCAGUCACUGUGGCGGACAUGUCGUUCGAGGGCUGGGGCCACAGCAAGCGCGAGGCCCGCGCCGCGGCGGCCCGCGCCUGCCUGGCCGCGCUGCUGGCGCGCGCCGGCCGCGUGCUGCCGCCCGCCGCGCGCCCCGCCGGCGCGGCCCACGACUUCACCAGCGACGAGCCGCACAACGCCGUUUCAGACUUCCAAUGUUUAGAAGCCAAGAAGAUAUCGUCUUCGCCGAAGAUUGUUAAACAGGACACCCCUGCUACCACCGGCCCUUCUUCCCCAUUGCCGUCGCCCGCCCCGUCUCCGUCUGCAGCGCUAUUCGGCAGCGCCCCCGGGGUAACCACACACAAGAGCCCCAUCAACCUGCUGUACGAGAAUUAUCCCGGACUCUCCUUCACCUGUACCUUUGGCGACGGCUCACCUUUGGACUCUACACAGGUAGCGCCGAUGCAGCUCAGUCACAGCAUGCGAUUCAAGGUCGUUUGCCAGAUCAAGGAGCAGAAGUUCGAGGGUUAUGGGUCAAGCAAGAAGCUAGCCAAACUAGCGGCAGCGAGAUCAGCUCUCGCAGUACUGGAGGAAGGUACUCCUGAGGCCACUAGCAACGCGCCGCAAGGUUUCCAAACGCAGACACUAGCUGAUCACAUCGGCAAGUUGGUGAACGAGAAAUUCAAUGAGUUGAUGAAGGGAGACCUGGUUCAUUCCAAGAGGAAGGUUCUGGCCGGUAUUGUGAUGACUGUCAACAACAGGACAGAGAGCGCCAAGGUUAUAACGGUAACCACGGGGACAAAAUGCGUCUCCGGUGAGCACAUGUCCGUUAGAGGGCGGGCAGUCAACGAUUGUCAUGCUGAAGUAGCGGCUCGACGCUGUCUACAGAGACAUCUAUACGCUCAACUACUAAAAUACGCUAAUUCCAAAGACCCCCGGCAGACAAUAGCAGAGUCCGACAUCGAACCCAUUCCCACGGGAGGUUACCAGAUGAAGCCCGAUAGACAAGUGCACCUGUACGUGAGCACGGCGCCGUGCGGGGACGGGCGCAUCUUCAGCCCGCACGAGCACGUGCACGCCGAGCCCGACAGGCACCCCAACAGGCUGGCUCGAGGUCAACUUCGUACCAAGAUAGAGUCGGGCGAAGGAACCAUCCCGGUUAAAAAUUGCACUAAUAUCUUACAAACUUGGGAUGGAGUCUUACAGGGCGAGCGUCUCCUCACGAUGUCGUGUUCGGACAAGGUGGCUCGCUGGUGCGUCGUGGGCCUCCAGGGGUCGCUGCUAUCCCGGUAUCUGAAGCCCGUGUACCUACACUCGCUGGUGCUGGGUUCCUUGCUGCAUCCGCAUCACAUGUACAGGGCGCUGUGCGGGCGCAUAGAGAGCUACAUCGCGCUGCUGCCGCCUCCCUUCCGUCUGCAUCGGCCGCUGCUGGCGCGCGCCGCCAGCACUGAGGCGCGGACGCCGGCGCGUGCGCCCUCCUUCAGCGUGUGCUGGGCCGCCACUACGCCGGCACCAGAAGUGAUAAACGCGACUACGGGCAAGCUGGAGAGCGGACAGCCUUCCCUGCUAUGCAAGCAGAGCAUGUUCGCGCGCUGGCAGUACUUGUACGACAAGAUACCGCCGCUUGCGCAGGAGGGAGAAUUUGAGGUGGACCAGUCGGCGCUUCCAUCCAGUCUGGACAAUCUCCUCUACAAUGAAGCUAAGAUGCUCUGCCCUGCCUACCAAGCCGCCAAAGACCGUCUGAUCGAGGCGUUCGAGAAAGCAAAGCUCGGCCGUUGGAUCAAAAAGCCGAUUGAACAGGACCAAUUCGUAUGCGAAAUCACCAACGCCGACCCCACAGCACUGUUCGCCUAGGCGGGCCGCAGUCUACCCCGUAACACUGUGCAGGUACAAGGGUUCGAUGGUGCGAGAGAGAUAGGCGAUGCGGAAAUCGGAGAGUCUGAUAAAUAUGUUACUGAUAUUGAUAGGUAUGGUAGUGAGGAAGAAAGUUAUGUUACUAUCGGGAAAAGUAAUGUUGCCAACGCCGAAAGUAAUAUUACCAACGUUACUGUUAAAAAAUGUGAUGUUACUGUCGGAAAAAACAAUGUUACUAUCGGAAAAAGUAACGUUACUGUUGAUAAAUGUGAUGUUACUGUCGGAAAAAGUUAUGUUACCAACGCUGAAAGUAACGUUACUGUUAAAAAAUGUGAUGUUACUGUCGGGAGAAAAAAUGUUACAGUCGGUAAAAGUAAUGUUACUAACGCUGAAAGUAAUGUUACUGUUAAAAAUAGUAAUGUUAGUGACAUGAAAAUGAAUGUUACCGGCGAAGAAAGAUAUAAUACUGAUUCGGAAAGAUAUGGUAAUGUUACUGUCACCAAAAGAUCUAUCACUGAUUCGAUAAAGGAAAGAGGAAAAGCGAUAGAAGAUACGCAUAUCACGAAUAAUAGUAAUUCAGAACACAAUUUCGAUAACACGGAAAAAGAGACAAGUUAUCCUAAAACUAAUUUCAGUGUUGUUAAAAACCAAAAUUUUGAUAACCCAAAUAAAAUUGCCGACAGAUUGCUAAACUACGAAGUGUCUUCAAACACACACAUAACCACUAAUGUAAAACUAACCAAUGUCUUACAGAAGAAAAGAGAAUUACUUAUGAAAAGUAAAAUUACUGUUUUAAGUAAAGAAAAUAAGAACCAAAACAAAACAACAAGGAUUGAUCAAUUAGACCAAUAUAUACCUCAAGGUACUGCCACUAAUAAUAUACAAACAGAUAAUAAAGACUCAACUGGUAAUUUGAAAAAAGAAAAAAAAUAUAAAAAGGAUUUUAUCGAUACUAAAGAAACUGUAUUUGAGGUGAACAAGUCAAAAUAUCGUGAUAAAGUAGAUAUAAGUAUUAAAGAGAGUCAUGAUAAAACUCCAUCGUUAUUUACAACACGCAACAAGUUUAAUAAGCAAAAGAACCCAGAAUUAGAUGCGGAAGAAAUAGAUGAUUUAGAUAAUGUAGUCAGUUUGAGGUUAGACGAUUUGAUUGCUUUGAAAAAUGAAGGGCAGCUCAACAUGUCAACAAAGUCUGAAAUAAAUAAUGAUUCUCAAACAACACUGGAUAAAAUCUCCAGACAUCUCAGAUCUGUCCAAAGCCAAUAUGAAAUCAAAACAGAACAAAAAUCAGAAUUCACGCAAAAAGACAUAUGUAAAACAGUACAAAUAUCAAAACUAGAAGUAAAUCCUGUCCAAAAUGCAAAUAUCAAAGGCUGUGAAAAUAAAAAAUGUAUCAACGAACAUUUGAAAAAAAUGCUCGAUACAAAACGCAAAAGCGUUGCUCCUAAAAACACAAAAGACGGCAAGAAAGAUCCAGACCUUUAUUUGAAAACACUUAACAUCAACAACAAUUUAAAAGAAUCACAAAACUUUAAUGUAGCAAAAACCAAACACGAAAAUUUCGAAGAUUAUAAACUUAACAAUAAUCAUUUACGUCACAAUACACCGGAAGUGACGGAUAUUAGAACUCGUUCGGCGGAAGUGACGUGUAGUAAUUUUGAAUAUGGAACUACAGAGUCAUUCGAAGAUGAUUUCGCUGCGAAGUGUACUGUUACUAAAAUUGAAAACAAAGAGAAUUUGACUACUUCAAGCUCAAUAUUAUCCAGGAAAAUGUCUGUUUAUAAAAAAGUUAGUGGAUAACUAUUUCCCCUCUACAUACCGCUCAGGGACGGUACUGAAAGGUAUCGGCGAACGAAGGACGUAAUAUACGAUCCCGACGACCCGAUUACUCUAGCCAUAGAGGCAGCCAAUCAGCUCGCGACACCAAACACUUCACAACCCCGAUACCGACCCCGCCGGCGUGAUCGACGAUUAUCCUCAUUCAGCGCUUAUCGCUAUCGACCCACUAGGGUCGAUCAAUUCUUUCAAAUAUUCUCCCUCUUAGACGACGCCCUGAGCUGAGGUUUUAUAACAAUAACAUAUUUAAAAUACAUUAAUAUAAUUUAAAAAAAGUUUUUUGUUAAAUAACUUGUCUGUUUUACAUACUUCUUACUGUUGAAUUUUCAUUAUAAAAUAACUAUUUUUUUAAAAUUAUUAUAAACAAUUGCAAAGUACAUUAUCAUGUUUAGUACAUUACAAACUUAAAAAAGUUUUGCACGGUAAAACGGCAGAUUCGUCGAUUAUCAUAUGUAACAGAUUAACAAUUAUAACAAUAACGAGAUGAGGUACACAUACAAGGUGUUAGUGACAUCGUAACGAAAAAAAAAUGGAACAUCUAUUUGAUUGUACUAAAAACGAUGGUGGGUGUGUUUAAUUAAGAUUUUGAGUUUUUACUGCGCCGCAAUGUAAGUCGAACAACGCGAAACUGUCGCUAAAAAUACUAAAAAUUUCAUGAAUUUAGCGACAGGAAAUUCCACUUGAUAUCAACUCAGAAUCAUGGUCUGAAGCAUCCCUCAAAGUUUUCGUUACGAUGUCCCUUACACCUUGUAUAAUAGUUUUUUUUUUCGUGACUUAUUGUAGAUUUGCCGCAGAUGGCAUAAACUACUUGGCCGGAUGUAUUAUAGUUCUUCUUAUCGUGUUGAUGGCAAACUAAAUUGUAUCGGCCCAAAACUUGGCAACAAGUAUGGCGCUAUCUGCAGCGCUCAUCAGAUCCUCCUGCGUGUCGUGUUCGGGCACGCAGGACACGAUGUAAGAUGUUCCAUCGUUUGGGGAACAGUGCCGCACUUGCACUUUAAGUCCGAGCCAUCCGAGAAACCCCACCUGAACAAAUUGUCCUUACUUCGACCCACCUGAGUCCGAAGUCUAUUUAGAUACUUCCAGGUAAGCCAAGGUAAUAUAAUUACUAAUGGUGCCUAUAUUAUAUUGUUCAGUGACGACUUUCAUCAUCAAAUCUGUAUCCGAAACUGCAUAUCCGUAACGUCUACGAAGAUCUUCCGACUUCCGCACCCCAAUCGCCAUGCAUACAUCGUACUCUUGAAAAAAAAAACUUUAUUUCUGCACCGUGCUAUUACUUCCUAGGCUGUGACCAACCUUAGCGUCAGUUAGUUAUUAAGUAUACCAACAGAAUUCAAAAUAAUUAGUGUAAUUUUAGUGUCGAGUUUGCGAGAUUCCAAAGAUAUUGUUGGCUAAGCAUACAUACAUAAACAUCCUAUAAAGGGCCGCCCAUUAAUCAUGCGUGCCUCGAGAGGGUGGAGGGGUCCAUGAAAAAAUCACGAAAUAUCAUAAGUUGGGGGUGGUGUAGUAAUAUAUCACGAGUAUUUUUUUUUUUCGGCAAACGCGCGAUACUGAACCGAGAAGCGGCGUUUCGUGCAAUUAUUUUGGUAGGUACUAAAAAAUACACAUAUACGGGGUGUUAGUGACAUCGUAACGAAUACUGAGAGGGAUGAUUCAGCUGAUUAUUCUGAGUUAAUAUCAAGUGGAAUUUUUCAUCGCAAAAGUAUAGAAUUGAAAAUAAUUUUAAAAAAACUAAAAAAAAAUCAUGAAUUUUGCGACGACAAAUUCCACUUGAUAUCAUCUCAGAAUCAUGGUUUCAAUCAUCCCUCAAAGUUUUCGUUACGAUGUUACUAACACCCUGUAUAGUCUUGACCUCACCAUGUAUCACCAAGGGGGAGGAGGGUGUAAAAAGGCCAAAAAAAGCAUCACAUGAUUAAUGGACGGCGCCUAAACAGAUAGACUCACAUUCGCUAAGGAUUUCAUUUUCUAUAAAGCGUCCGAACUGUGGCAUUAACUACUUGGCCGGACAAAUGGGGAGCGCUGAAGGCUCUCACCCGGUAGUUGCGGAUGAGUGGAGUGCAAAGUUGAAGUGUGAACUAUUUGCUCAUACCUUUAUAGCGCGCGUUUCGUAGUGAGCGCACUUGGCUUCGAACAUCUUUUUUUCUAUUCCGUGGUUAGGAUCGCAUUAAGUGGAAUUCCGAUGUCUCUGCCUACCCUUACGGAAAAUAGGCGCAAACUUAUGUAUGUAUGUAGUCGAUGCAUGAAAAAAUCUUAAUCUCUCAUACACUUAUAAAUAAACCUUGUUGGAUCUUCAUGAGAAAAUUGUUAAACAAUUUUUUUUUAAUAAUAAAUAAACCAAAUAAUAAUUUUAAGUCAGUAGGUAUUAUUUAUGUAAGUUAUUAAAAAUAUGCCGAUUCCAAUACACGCCACCUAAAUUUAUUUUAAGUUAUACCUGUCAUUUUGUUAUCCGCCGAAACAAGCGGCCCUAGCAAAAUAUUUAGGUCAAUGGUUCCUAACCUGGGCGUAAUUACCCCCUCAGGGGUCAAACAGAGAUACCUAUUUGAUUCACCCGGGUUAUUUAUUCAUUCUAAAAUUGACAGCUGUUGAUCAUCCGUCCCUUUGCUUUUCGGCGGAUAAGAAAAUGACAGGUAUAACUUAAAAUAAAGUUAGGAGGUGUCUGCAGGAUUCGGGGCCAUUACCCACCUAUUGUAAUAAUUAUAAGGAUUCGAUUAUUGCUAGUUGUAAUUGUAAGGUUUAAAAAGCCAUGGUAGCCCAGCUGGUAAAACGCUUGCCUCUCACUUUGAGGUCGCAGGUUCGAAUCCAGCACAGGCCUAAACCAAUGAUUGUCGAAUUUGGUUUCGAAGUCAUGUUUAGAUCGUAAAUGAUUAUCACGUGCUCAGCAGUGAAGGAAAACAUCGUAAGGAAACCCACAUCCCCGAGAAAUGCAUUUUCGCAGGUAUGUAACCUAACCUGUAUUGAGCUGGUUUUCCUUUCGCGGUCCUUGUCAAUUCAGGUUAGGUAAGCGGACCCUAUGAAAAUGGGGAUGAUGCUGGAUUAGCUGUAGACAUAGAAGUUAAAAAGCGGUGGCAGGCUGAAAUAGGACUAGAGAAGCAGGUUAUUUUACCUACUUUAUGGUUUGGUAGUCUCAGUAGUUCCUUUAGCUCCUAAGGAACUACAAGGACAAAAAAUGCUCAGUAGUUCCUUCAGAGGAACUGCCAAAGGAACUACUGAGAAUAGUUGGGGGAAAUGAAUUGUAAGGUUGAAAGCAUGGUUUAAGAAGACCAGGGGCCUGUUUAAUAAAACUUACAAUUGUAAAUUACAACGACAAUCUGAUGUUCAUUGCGUAGCUAAUAUGAAACUGCAAAAUAUUCGUGAUCACACACUCCGCAAUGUACAUCGAAUUGUCAUUGUAAUUUACAAUUGUAAGUUUUAUUAUACAGGCCCCUGGUCGAUGUUUGUCUCACGCAUCAAAACCCUUAUAACUCCAUCUUUCAUCUACUCGACGAAAUGGCAACGCAGUCUCGCAUGACGUCAGCUGGGCUAACCUUGAAAUGAUAUCUGUCACUUAUGAGCAUACCUGGUGGGUUAAAAUGGCCACAUCGAAGCAAUUCAUCUGAGAAAACAAUAUUGACAUUGGCCACGAUUCCUGCAGACACCGCCUAAUUUUAUUUUAAGUUAUAUCCGUCAUUUUCAUAUCCGUCGAAAAGGAAAGGGACGGAUGAUUCACAGCUCUUAAUUUUAGGAAGAAUGAGUAAAUGAAUGAAUAACCCGGGCGAAUCAAAAAGGUACGUCGCUGGUAUGCAAUCCGUUUGACGUGCUGUCUACUUAACUGUGUCGGGUUAUUGACGGAUGUAAAAUUUUUAGACGGUUGGUUUAGAUUUGUGCUUAAAAUUGACGUGUGUUCCAUAAAUUUUAUGCUUGUCGAUUACCCGUCCCUUUCCUUUUCGGCGGAUAAGAAAAUGACAGAUAUAACUUAAAAUAAAAUUAGACGGUAUUUACAGGAAUUAGCACCAAUGUCAAAUUGCAAUAUUGCUUUCUUAGGUGAAUUGCUUCGGUGUGGCCAUAUUAACCGCCCUGGUCUUCUUAUGGAUUAAUUAAUGUUAUUGAUACAAAAAAAAACGUACAUUGGAAAGAACCUGUCAAUUCUUCGAAUAUAAUAAAAUGAAGCGCACAAUAAUUAAUAAAUAAAUAAUCGUUUUUGGA